AUGAUGUAUCUUUGUGUUUUUCGUCUGAAUGAGUCGAUGUAUGGAAUCCUCCAAGACAUGACUUUGUAUGCCAUGGCACUGAGACACAGGAAGUGGGUUCUGUUACCAUCAAAAUAUGGAACUGAAGGAGUUGUCGAGCUGACUCAAGGAAGAAAAGAUAAAUCUUUUGCCCUAACGCCAACGAGAGUGGCGAAAGUGGGUAGGGGACCUACGGCAGAACUUCAUUCAAUAGACAUGUCCGUAAUAAUUGAAAAGAGAGUGGGGCAUAGACUAUUUACCGAAGACGAAAGACCAGCGGAAGGGCAUGAGUCGCCGAGGAAGAGCGUAGAUCAAAGCAAAGUAUCCCGUCCCUCCCUUCUCUUUAGCUUAGUUCUAGAACGUGGUUUUGAGGGGGGCGGAUUGAAAGAAGUAGUUCCUUCUCGGAUUCAGAAGGACCGAAGGUUGCACUAUGUUCAGGGAUUGACUACAGUGGAAUCAGUAGAUCGAGUUGAAGCAGAUGUGGUGGACUCUAUUGCAGAUGAAACUAUAUCUUUAGCCGAAUGUUCCGGUGGUGAAGUUGAAUCUGUGGAGUCUGGGCCAGAGACUGACCUUUCUAGUUCCGUGUCGGAAGGGCCUCCAUUUGCGUAG